GCCCGCUUGAGCCUGGUGGCGCAGGCGCAGUGUCCCCGGGCCAAGAUGGCGGUGCUGUGCUCCACACGCUGGUUGCUGGUGGCUGUGGGGACCCCUCGGCUGCCAGCUGCAGCGGGGAGAGGGGCCCGGCCGCCCAGGGCGGGCGCAGUGGGGCCGUCGCUGGGCCUCAAGUUGAGUGUUACCACCUUCGCGCCUUCCCUGAGAGCUCGCAGCCCCGGGGCGCUGCUGACAUUGAGAGCCGGUGUCAACUUCACAGGAAUAAAAAGUUACCCUUUUGUUUGUACUGCCUCUUUCCACACGAGCGCCCCUUUGGCCAAAGAGGAUUAUUACCAGAUAUUAGGAGUGCCCCGAAAUGCCAGCCAGAAAGAGAUCAAGAAAGCCUAUUACCAGCUUGCCAAGAAAUAUCACCCAGACACGAAUAAGGAUGAUCCCAAAGCCAAGGAGAAGUUCUCCCAGCUGGCAGAAGCCUAUGAGGUGCUGAGUGAUGAAGUGAAGAGGAAGCAGUAUGACACCUACGGCUCUGCCGGCUUCGAUCCCGGGGCCGGAGGCCCCAGGCAGAGCUACUGGAAGGGAGGCCCCACUGUUGACCCAGAGGAGCUCUUCAGGAAGAUCUUUGGGGAGUUCUCAUCAUCUUCUUUUGGAGAUUUCCAGAGUGUAUUCAGCCAGCCUCAGGAGUACAUCAUGGACUUGACAUUCAACCAAGCUGCCAAGGGUGUCAACAAGGAGUUCACCGUCAACAUCACGGAUACCUGUGAGCGCUGUGACGGCAAGGGGAACGAGCCCGGCACCAAGGUGCAGCACUGCCACUACUGCGGCGGCUCCGGCAUGGAAACCAUUAACACAGGCCCUUUUGUGAUGCGCUCCACGUGUCGGAGGUGUGGUGGCCGAGGCACCAUCAUCACGUCUCCCUGUGUGGUGUGCAGAGGGGCAGGACAAGCCAAGCAGAAGAAGAAAGUGGUGAUUCCUGUGCCUGCCGGAGUCGAGGAUGGCCAGACUGUGAGGAUGCCUGUAGGAAAAAAGGAAAUUUUUAUCACGUUCAGGGUGGAGAAAAGCCCUGUGUUCCGGAGGGACGGCGCAGACAUCCACUCUGACCUCUUUAUUUCUAUAGCUCAGGCAAUUCUUGGGGGGACAGCCAGAGCUCAGGGCCUGUACGAGACAAUCAAUGUGACGAUCCCUCCUGGGAUCCAGACAGACCAGAGGAUUCGGAUGAGUGGGAAAGGCAUCCCCCGGAUUAACAGUUACGGCUACGGAGAUCACUACAUUCAUGUCAAGAUAAGAGUUCCAAAGAGACUGACAAGCCGGCAGCACAGCCUGAUCCUGAGCUAUGCCGAGGAUGAGACCGAUGUGGAGGGGACAGUCAAUGGCGUCACCAACACAAGCACUGGUGGCAGCACCAUGGAUAGCUCCGCAGGAGGCAAGGCUAGGCCUGAGGCUGGGGAGGACAAGGAGGGAUUCCUUUCCAAACUUAAGAAAAUGUUUACCUCCUGAUACCCAGCCGAGGAAAACGGUCCACUGGAAACUAGGCCAGGAGCAGCGGGCCCACCUCGUGGCCAGGGCACCUCGGAGACAGGAGAAUUCCAGAACAGCAGCACCGAGCGCUGCCUGCAGAGGCCCUCUGGACCGCCUUGGCAACAGCAAAAUCAUGUGACAACACACCUCUCCACAGAAUGGUGAUGGUGGACAGCCCCUGGGCAGUAAGGCGUGGCAUGCCUAAGGGCUGGUAGAAGUUUCCUGUCCACGGGUAGGUAACUCGGCCUCCUCUGGCUCAGACCGUAAGACAGCUGGACACUUCUUACAGAGCCAAAACUCUAAUUUGGAAUCAAAUGUGGCGGAAAUCUUAGUAAAGAAUUAAAGGCCAUGCUUACAGCUUAAAAAUGAAGCCUUAAGCUGCACCAAGUUGUGAAGUGGUUAAUUUCCCCCUCAUCAAACCUGUGGGAGGUUCUGAGAUGAGUCUUCCCUGACAGGUUGUCUUUUCCAGGAACUUGGGGCCUGCAAGCCCCACCAGCAUUGUCCACCCUUCAGCAGGGGCAUCUAUUCCUUGCUCUUCUUGAAGUUUUAUUUUAAUUCCCAAAGGUACCAAGCAGCUGGAAUAUGGGGGCCUUGGGACCCGGGGAGGCACAUACGAAGAGGGUCCCCGGACAUGCUGCUCCUGACAUGGGCUGUGAUCUUUGUUGGGACGGACAGUCCCCCCUCCCACCCCACUAGGGUGGCCUCUUGUCCCUGACUGUUGAGUUCUGUUGUUCCGAGGCCGGCAUGAGUGGGGCUCCUGCCCUUCUGCUGGACCACAGGCUUCCCUGGCCACAGCCUGGGCCAGACUAAUGGCCUCUUAAGCCCGGAGCCCUGCCCCCGCUGCCUGCCAGGGCUUGGUUCUUACCACUUACACUGUCGACACCUGUUUUCAGAAGUGUGUUUAAAUUAUUCAAUGCUAAGAAUCAUUGUCUUUUCCUGUAUAAAUGUUGAGAAGAGGACAGUAUAGUCUAAGCAGUUGAAGGCUCUCCACCAUCUAGCCAGAGCAAAACAGUUUCUCCAGCCUCAGCUUGUAGGAUGUGUGGGUUCCAUGUGUUUCCAGACCCUCCUGCUGUGGUAAGAGAGGUUAAUGGAGAACACUUACAAAUAGUUUCCUUUUUGUUUUCCUUCAUAAUUUACUAAAAUAAAGCAUCUAUUAAUGUCUGAUCUAAGAAUGUAAAAUGAUUCUGUAUCAAUGUAAAUAAGAGUAUCUACUGCAAAAAGAUAUUUAAAACCUA